UUUUAAGGGAAGUUGAGGGAAGCACGGGUGGUAUUUGGAGUUUUCUGCACAUAAGACCACCACGCACCGAAUUUUUUGCAUUUUGAUAUUUUCUCGGAAAAAAAAUCACGUUUAGAGUCUAGAAAAAUCACAUUUUGGCCCAAUCGAUCCCUGUCUUCUCUUCCCAAUUCCCAGUCCCCAAUCGCGUUCUCUUCCUCGGCGACAUGGCGGCCGCCACCGGCUACAGCGACGCCCCAACCGACGAGCAACUGCUGGCGUACGCUGAGCUGCCCAGACAUGGCCGCUACAUGGCGGAGGUGUUCGCCGUGCGCAUCCUCGCCACCGCCGGAGGAGACCCGCCGCCCCAUGGCACCAUCACUUUCUACGGCGGCCACUGCUGCAGCGAUUUCAUUUACAGCUGGAGUCCACUGGAAGAGGGAGAAGACACCUCGAAGCAAACCUGCGACAGCCAGGGUAACCUCGUGCUAACUGGGCCAUCAUGGGCCACCUCGGCAUACAGUCCAAUUGCCUUCACCCUCUACCUCCAUGAUGGCAGCCCGCAAGCCGGAGAAGCCGCUGAGGACGACGAGGACAUCGGGAGGAUAAUCUGCGACUGCAUCGACGGUGACUUCUCCAACUACAACAGGGCCAUAGUCGAGACUGUCCAAACGGGCUAUGGCCCCGCUGAAGUGAUCUAUGCCGUCCUGAGCAACGGCGUCCAAGGCCGGGUCGCCAUCAAACUUGCUCGCCUGCCAGUGUCCAAAGCUGGAGAAGAAGACGCCACCGCCAUUCUCGGGAGGAUUGUUGCUCGCAGCAAGCUGUUCGACGUCGGCUGCGUGCUCUUCUACAAAGAGGGUGACAAUGGAGUGAGCGUGCGACCGGGGGGGCUGAUUCAGUUGGCGAGGGAAGCGCUCGCCGUGCCGCUGCACAUGCCGCUGACGAUUGAGCUUGACCUGCAUCGCUGUUCGGGCGAUGAAAUUGUUGGAGGGGUCCUUGAGUUCAAUCCUGCGACCAACGGCCAGCACACGGAACGACUUGUUGGAGAAAAUGGCGCUGAAUUGGAAGUGACAAUUUCAUGGUCGCAGUACCCUUGGUAAUGCCUAUUAUUAUUAGCCUAUAAUUCAAGAGUGCAUUUUUAUAUGUAUCAAUGACUAAUGGUUUUAAAUCAUGUUUCAUACAAGACAGUUGCACUAGAGCAAGAUAACAUUUCGUGGUGGGAACGCCAAAUAAAUAAAAAUAGAGGGAGUAUCACUUUGGGUUUUUCUAAUA